UCGCAGUUCAUGUUCCGGUGUCAGUACUGACGGUGCGUGUUAGCAACCGAAAAGGCGGGUAGGCCUAGGCGGUGCUUCCUGCGGUGAGGAAGGGAACGGGAAAAGCCUCACGCGGAGCCGGCAACGAUGGGGGCCAGCGGGGAGGAUGCGGCUGACAGCGAGGAGCGCUUCGACGGCAUGUUGUUAGCGAUGGCCCAGCAGCACCAGGGUGGCGUGCGGGAGCUUGUGAAUACCUUCUUCAGCUUCUUGAGACGCAAAACUGAUUUCUUCGUUGGAGGAGAAGAUAAUGCUGCAGAGAAGUUAAUCACAGAGACAUUCAGUCGCCACAACAAGCUGGCUCAGAAAGCACAGAAAGAGAAGGCGGCUCGCCAAGAGGCAGAGCAGCGGGAGAAAGCAGAGCGGGCUGCUAAGCUUGCCAAAGAAGCAAAGAAGGCAGAAGAUGCUGCUGAUGCUGAGCCGAGGAUUAAGGAGCUCACUGAUGAGGAGGCAGAAAGGCUGCAACUAGAAAUUGAUCAGAAAAAAGAGAAUAAAGAAAAUGAGUCCAAGGCAGUCACUACAGAAUCAUCUGAUCAUCCAAUGGAAUCUUCAGGGUCCACCAAACAGGAGACAGAUGAAGAGGAGGAAGAUGAGAAGGACAAAGGCAAACUGAAGCCAAACUCUGGGAAUGGGGCAGAUCUUCCACACUGUAGGUGGACACAAACCCUCUCUGAAGUGGAUCUGGCCAUCCCAUUCAAAGUGAACUUCAGGCUGAAGGGAAAGGAUGUGAUCGUGGACAUCCAGCGACGGCAUCUGAGGGUGGGGUUGAAAGGCCACCCCCCCAUGAUUGAUGGAGACUUGUGCAAUGAGGUGAAGGUGGAGGAGAGUUCUUGGCUGAUUGAGGAUGGGAAAAUAGUCACCGUUCACUUGGAGAAGAUCAACAAGAUGGAAUGGUGGAACAAGUUAGUCCAAACAGACCCAGAGAUCAACACCAAGAAGAUUAACCCAGAGAAUUCCAAACUGUCAGACCUGGAUGGCGAGACUCGUAGUAUGGUGGAGAAAAUGAUGUACGACCAACGGCAGAAAUCAAUGGGGCUCCCAACAUCCGAUGAGCAGAAGAAGCAGGACAUUCUGAAAAAAUUCCUUGGAACAGCAUCAGGAGUAGUUUUUUAUAAAAGCAAAAUUCAACUGAUGAUCCCCUUUCUCUCCUUACUCCCCCACCCUUUUUUGUAAGAAAAAAUAUAUAAAACCCAAGCAGGACAGGAAGUGCAAUUUGGGUCACAGUUAACACUCUCAUCGUCUCCGAGUCAACUUCCUGUGCAAAAAUAAAUUAAAUAAAAUCUAUUCUGCCUAACAGCACAGCACGUUGCCUAGGUGUCAGGUUUUACACAGCAGGACCCGAUUUGGGAAUAAAAUACGACGAAGCUUACUUUACUGGGGGGGCUACAACUCUUUGAGGUUGCGCGCGAAAAGAGAUUUCCGCGCUUUGGUUUCUGGCCGCCAUGUUGGUUUCCUGAGGACAUCAGGCAGGUGUUUCAUCACUUUGGGAAACCUCUUGGUCAUCCUGUACUCUCUCCACCCUGCCCUUAAGUUAAGUGCGUGGGUCCCCUUUGGACACCCCAUUGUCAGUUCUUCCUGUAAUCCAGUUCUGAACCAAACAGCCCCUCCAGAACGCUAGCUUAAUACAGCACCACUGAGAGCAGUUUCAGGCGGACAUCCUGAUAAAGGAACCCACUUGUGAUAAGUACCCUGUAACAUCCAAAGAAAGACUGAGCAGGAGUGAUGGGUGUGCCUCCCCCUACGCAAAUUCUCAUUUGGUCAUUAUAGCAAAAGUAGGAGCAGGCCCCUUAUCUGCUCAUCAGCAUUUUCUGUAGCCUUCAGAGCCCCUCUCUUGUUGCAAGCACCUGCGCUUGGACGCAAAAGGAAGCGUUCCCUGCAAACAUGUUUCAAGCUCAGGAUAGAGUAUGAGUAAACUGUUUAGGCUGGAGAGGAAGUCGCAUCUGAAUCGGGUAUACUGAGACAUUUAUUGCAAACGGUCCUAUCUCUGAGCUUUUUUGGCAAGGCUCUCGGUUGCCAAAUGAUGCCUGUCCUCUGCUGAUUCUUUUAGAGAUGUUGGCACUAGUAUGAGCUCAAAUGACUUCCUUACCUUCUGUUACAAAGCCAGUGGUGGUGUGGCCUUACAAAAAUCAGAUUUAGAACUAGGGUGAAGUCUGUUAAAUAAGUGAUCGGUUGGGGAGGUUAGCUCACUCUCUGUAUCCUUGCUUAAAAUACAUUUGAUCCCAGCUCAGAGAUCUUACUUUAAAGUGGGAAAAGUUUCUCCCUAUGUCAGUGAGAAUGCAGUGGAUUGCAGGCAGCUCUCUGGUUUGCUGGAGACCAGCGAAUCACCUGGCUAGAAUGGUUCGGUGUACAUUCUUCUGUACAUGUUGGCCAUGCCAAGCAAGAAGCUUUGUCUGUUCCCUCCUUUGGGUGAUUAUUGCUGAAAAGGCAGCUUGUAAUCUGCAUGUACAAUAAAAAGAGAUGUUUUCAUGGG